AUGUCUCCUUCGCCAACUGAGAAACUCAGCCAGCUUUCCAUUGAGAGCAUGCCUCCCACCACUCGACAGCAGAGCCGCAGCCAAAAGGGUCAGUCCAGUACAGAGUCUGAAGACAACUCGGUUGAUUCACAGCAGGCAGAUAACUGUUUGCGCUUCCCGUCCAAGCUCACUUACAGCUUGGAGGAACUGCCCCCCAACACGCGGCAGCACGUCACUGAUGCCAUUGAGGGUCUCCCCCAGAUCGUCCUCCAAGAGUGUGCGGCAAGGGAAGGGCAUGUGAUAUUUCAAGUCUCUGAGCUUGCAAACUUCAGGAUCCGGACGGGCUCGAGGUCGAGCCAGUGGUCGACUCCGAGCUGUAGCUGCGGAGACGAGUCUCCCAGUCGAACUCCUUGUCGUCACGUGCUCUGGUUGUUCGAUCAGAUAACAUCCCAGCUUCUUGACAAUCGUGGCGAGGUGCUCAUGUUGAAUCAACAUGGUUACGCCGACGCCCUCAAGAAUCCCUACGAUAUGAUCACCGAAUGUCAUCUUGACAUAUUGGCUGAUGAUCUACACAGCCGAGUCUUGGAAACAGCCUCGGAUUCCGAGGACGCUUUAUACAACCCUCGACGCGUUCAGGAGGUUCGGGAGAUCCUAGCUUCUCUCAAUCGCACCCCUAUAGACGAGUAUCGUCCAGACAUAUUUGAUCAUCCUACUGGAGGGAGAAGGGUGGUCAAACGCAAUGAUCUGGAAUGUACCAUAUUCCGGAUGCUGUGUCAGAACAACGAGUUCUUUCAGUACUUCUUAUCCUCAAUGAAGAGCGAUGAACUCGUGAACAACACUUUUCGAAAGCUCCAGAAGAGGGCGGAUGCGGCACUAGCUGGUCUGGAUGCCUACGCAGAGUCAUCCUCCUCGGAAAGGUCAUCGGGCAAUCCAAAAGACGUGGCAUGGUGUGGAAUGCACCUACAAGCCGUUGUAAAGAAAGUCCACACAGCCAUACUGCGUGCCCGUCGCCCACUGGAACUUUGGGAGCGCCAGGCUGCUGGUCGUACACUAUUACAUAUAUUGCGAGAGGUCGUCGAUCGGUGUCCUGAACUCACAUCCCCGAACCAAGAGAAAGUCGACCGGAACCUCUAUUUUAAAUUAAUCGGUGACCGAGAUCGCAACUUCGCCAUUGCUGCGUUGAACUCACUCCCACCCGACGCCAUUCACCCAUUCACGGCGGAACUGGACAGGAUCAUUUUUGACAUGGGAAAACAUGGCGUCCCCCACUCUUACGCCGAAAAGCUAAGAGACAUCUAUGAGCGAGCUCGCCGAGUUCGCCUGGGCGGAUCUCCCUUGGGAUCCAAGCGUCACAGAAUGAGACAGGGCGGAAGAGGAAAACGUACCAAAUAG